UUUGAAACUACAACUUUAAACGAAAAACCAUUGGCGCCGCACUUUUUGCUCCUCCUGAUUAUUUCUGUCCUUCGAUCACCGACUCCCUCCAUUUUUCCACAUAAAUGGAUCACGCAUGGUUCUAUCGGUAUUGUUAUGAGAAAUGGCCAGGUUUAAUCGCAUUAAACACCAUUCUUCCACCGCAAAACUAGUGUUUCUGACAUCUUUCGCAGGCCUCCUUGGAGUGGCUCUCGUUGUGCAUUUUAUUUGGGCUUCGUCAUCCUUUUAUGUUGCUUCUUUUUAUUCGUCCGUUGCACCGAUCUGGGUGCUCGAGAAAUCUGGGGUUGUAGUUGUAACGAAUGUCACCACCACCAAGAUAGCUGACAAGAGAGAGAAUGCCAAGGAGAAAAAAGAAGGCACUCCUGAGAGGUUCUUAUCCGCAACUUAUGCUGAUUUACCUGCACCUGAAUUACAAUGGGAGGAGAUGCCACCAGCACCGGUACCUCGUCUUGAUGGAGCAGCGAUACAGAUUAAAAAUAUUUUUUAUGUGUUUGCGGGAUACGGUUCUCUUGACUAUGUGCACUCUCAUGUGGACAUAUACAAUUUUACAAGUAAUACAUGGGUAGGGAGGUUUGAUAUGCCGAAAGAGAUGGGUCAUUCACAUUUAGGAGUGGCAAGUGAUGGAAGAUACAUAUAUGUGGUCUCUGGACAGUAUGGCCCCCAAUGCAGAGGGCCCACAGCUCGUACAUUUGUUCUGGACACUGAGACAAAGAAAUGGAGGAGCAUGCCACCAUUACCAGCCCCUCGGUAUGCUCCAGCGAGUCAGUUAUGGAGAGGCAGACUCCAUGUGAUGGGCGGCAGCAAGGAGAAUCGCCACACACCUGGGUUGGAGCACUGGAGUAUUGCAGUGAAGGAUGGCAAAGCAUUGGAGAAUCAAUGGAGGACUGAAAUACCCAUUCCCCGUGGGGGACCGCAUAGGGCUUGUGUCGUGAUCAAUGAUCGGCUUUUUGUUAUUGGUGGUCAAGAGGGUGAUUUUAUGGCCAAACCAGGCUCACCUAUUUUCAAGUGCUCACGCAGGCACGAGGUAGUGUAUGCUGAUGUUUAUAUGCUGGAUGAUGAAAAGAAAUGGAAAGUGUUGCCACCUAUGCCAAAACCCAACUCCCAUAUAGAGUGUUCUUGGGUAAUUGUCAACAAUUCAAUCAUCAUUACUGGAGGUACAACAGAAAAGCAUCCGGUGAGCAAAAGAAUGGUCCUGGUUGGGGAGGUGUUCCAGUUUCAUUUAGACUCACUGACAUGGUCGGUGAUUGGAAAGCUUCCUUUCCGUAUAAAAACCACAUUAGCUGGUUUUUGGGAUGGAUGGUUGUAUUUUACAUCUGGACAGAGGGACUCGGGACCGGAUAAUCCACGGCCGAAGAAGGUCAUUGGAGAAAUGUGGAGAACUAAAUUAAGUUUGUGAUCAAACUUGCCUCGUCAAACCAUUUUUGGAGUCGGUACCGCCAGUUCGAAGCUUUUUGUUCAAGAAUAUACCCUUAAUUUAUUCAUAACUCUUCACUUUUGACGGCAAUGAAAACUGAAGUCUUUACAUAAA